GAAUCCUGCUUUGAUGGCAUGCACCAAAAUCACACAGAAAAGACAGAUCACAGUUCACAAAAAUCAAUACUCAGCACGCAACAUCAACCACAAGAAUUGUUUAAUUUUUUGCCCAUUGCACUAGACUCUAACAGAGGGAUUUUGCUCAUUUAAUGAAGUUCUACACAGGACCUACGGAUGACAGCAAAAGGCCUUUGCACCCUGUGAUCUGCCGCAAAUUUCAUCAUCAGAAGAAGAAUCACCCUUGGCGUAGAGGCGACAGAUGCACCGCUGGCGAUUUGUUUUACUAGGAUGGCGAAGGCACGAUCCAAUUGACUUUCAUUCAUUAUCUACAGCCUUUACUGAAUCUUAGCCAUGACCAACUUAUACUCAGAUAUAACCAUAACCUAACACUAACCCUAACCUUAACGCUAACGUUAACCAACAAGGCGAAAUGACCAUUCAAAAUGUAAACAACUAACUUCGGCAUCCUGGGGAAAAAAAUUAGCGCACCGCUGUCCGAGUCUGACGAACACUGGAAGGAGAACGAACAUCGAUGCGAGUCCCAUCGGCUUGUUAGCACGCUGCUACUUGCUAGCCACAGGCUACAUUCAAAGAACCAUGGGCCCAGAUACUUCAUCUGUGCUUAAAACAGAGUCUUCAGAGGAAAGUACUGGUGAAGUUGUCGUGAAGGUUAUCUCCGAUUCAGAGUCUAAUGAUGCUCCAACUCGCUCUGCAUCCAAGAACCCAAAGCAGCCAGAGAGCAGCAUUUCAGACAGAUGCUACCCCUGCUCCGUCUGUGGCAAGACAUUUGACAGACCAUCAAAGCUGGAGAGACACAAACCAGUGCACACAAGGAAGCCCAAGACUCUACAUCAGUGUCAACAUUGUGACAAGAGUUUCACACAGCUGGAGAAGCUUAUCCGACACCAGAACAACCACAAUAGGACAAACAAGCACCCUUGUCCUGACUGUGGAAAAAUUUUCAACAGGCCAUCAAAACUAGAGAGGCACAAGCGCACACACUCAAAGAAACCCAAGGUGCCUCAUCAGUGUUCAUACUGCAUGAAGACGUUCAGCAAACUGAACAAACUUGUCCGCCAUGAGCGGAUGCACACUGGGGAGAAGCCUUUCCCUUGCUCAGUCUGCGGGAAACGAUUCUCUGACUCAGGUCACUGCAAAGCGCACGAGAAGACGCAUGACGAGCAGCCGGAAAAACCUCACUGCUGCCCAGACUGCGGGAUGUGCUUCUUCAAAGCCUCGGAGCUCCGUCGGCAUUUCCGCUCCCACACAGGAGAGAAACCUUUCAGCUGCACCCUGUGCGACAGCUGCUUCUCCCGCUCAGAGGGGCUCAAGAGACACAUGCGGAGCCACACAGGGGAAAGACCGUACAAAUGCCUUAUCUGUGGGAAAGGAUUUUAUUCCCGACAAGAUCUGAACAUUCAUGGCUUAACGCACUCAGGAGAGAAACCGCAUCUUUGCCCGGUGUGCGGUAAAGGCUUCUCGCAGCUGGGCAAUAUGAAGGAACAUGAGCAAAAUGUCCAUGUUAAGUCAGAGAAGUAUAUUUGCAAUGAGUGCGGUGCAACUUUCACACGGUACAAGUCAUUGACAAAGCAUCAGCGCACCCACACAGGAGAAAGACCUUACCUGUGCCUCACCUGUGGUCGCAGGUUUUCAUGGAGUCAUUCUCUCAGUAGACACCGGAGGACGCACACACACAGGCAGAUGUCUAUGGACACAUCCAAAGACUUGUUAAGCUUUGAAGGGCCUUCUGAGACGCCCACUAGUUAAAACGAACAGAGAUGAAAAUCCAUAUGAAAGGUGAUGAUAAAAAUUUUUUCUGCAAGUAAUUUUACUGGAGCAGAAGCCGAGAUAAGAUUUGCUUGUUGUUUAGCAGUAAGAUCAGGACUAAUCUGAAGCUAAGUGACUUUUACUUUUUGCAUUUCUUUGUUCAUUGUAAACAAAAUAUUAGUGAGAAAUGAUUAGCACAGGUCUCAACACUAACCUUUGUUUCCACCAAGAUUUUUUGUUAUUGGCACCAGCGGACAAUAUUGUGAAAACAACUUUGUGGCCCAGAGACUCUUACGCUGUCUGUUGAUAUGUCAGCUGUUGAAAUUAUGUGCCUAGAUUGUCAUCGUGUUGUAUCAACUGAUAAACAUAAAUCAUUUGCCCAAAUAAAUACUGAAAUAGGCUAUGUUAGA